GUAUGAGUCUCUGACGUGACGGCUCGCUGCUUUCGGCUCCUCAGGUUUCAGAGUUGCUGAAGGUUUUCUCAUCUUGAGUUACAGAGCUGCGCAGGUUGCCGUGGAUCCGACGGCCAGGUUGGAGCAUGAGAGAGUCCGUGCCAGUGACCCUGACUGGAAGAGCGGAGUCUGGCUGAUCCCGUCCUGCGCUGUUGGCCAGCGCAUCGCCCACCGAGGCCGGGAUAAUGAGCGCCGCUGCUAACAAGAAGCCGUACCGCAAGGCGCCGCCGCAGCACCGCGAGACGCGUCACGAGCCCGCGGGUCUCCGCGAGGAGGGAGCAGAACCCCAGACGCAGGAAUCGCUGGCCGAGGGAGAGCGCAUCCAGUUUCUGCAGCAGCAGAAUGACGAGCUGCGCCGGCGCCUGGCGUUCGCCGCCACCAAGAGCGAGGCUUUGGAGCACGAGGUGGAGGCCGGUAGGCAUUACCUGGAAAUGGAGCUGAGCCGCAACCGAGAGGAGCUCGAGAAGUUCAAGGACAAAUUCCGCAGGUUACAGAACAGCUACACGGCGUCCCAGAGAACCAACCAGGACCUGGAGGAGAAGCUGCACACGCUGAUUAAGAAAGCGGAAAUGGACAGGAAGACCCUGGACUGGGAGAUCGUGGAGCUCACCAACAAACUGCUGGAUGCCAAGACCACCAUCAACAAACUGGAAGAGUUAAAUGAACGUUACCGGCAGGACUGUAAUCUGGCUGUCCAGCUGCUCAAGUGCAACAAAUCCCACUUCAGGAACCACAAGUUUGCCGACUUGCCGUACAAGCUGCAGGACAUGGUGAGUAAGCAUCUAGAGAACAACCCCUCGCCUCCGGGAUCCGGCCAGGACACCCCACCUCCCGGCCUGUCGCAUUCCGACGUGGUGCCCACCUCGGUCAUCGCCCGCGUGCUGGAGAAGCCGGAGUCCCUCAUCCUCAACUCCGCAACGUCUAGCAGCGGCAGCGGCCCCGCGGCAGAGGACGUCUUUGUGCAUGUGGACAUGAGCGGCCCCGGGGAGAGGGCAGAAGAGGGCAGACAUCAGCAGAAUGGGGGUAUCCAGAAGCAGGGCAGCGUGGAGAGCACCUCUGAGGAGCCCCCAACGUUUGAGAAGCUCAGUCCCUACCCCACGCCGCCCCCCCCGCACCCCAUGUAUCCCGGCCGGAAGGUGAUCGAGUUCUCGGACGAGAAGGUGCGAAUCCCCAAGAACAGUCCUUUGCCCAACUGCACGUAUGCCACGCGGCAGGCCAUCUCUCUGAGUCUCGUUCAGGGCGAGGACGGCAGCCCCGACAGACAUCGAACCGUGCCCAACAGUCCAGCUUCUGCCGGCAGUUACCCCCAACGAGCACGGAGCGCAGAUAACCCGCCCCGCUCCCCGCUGAGCAGUGCUGCGCCCAGCUCUGCCAGCUCCGAGGAGGACAUGCUGGCCAACUGGCAGAAGAUGUUCGUCGAGAAGGCGGCUCCUGGUAACGAGGCGUUCCUGGCCCACCGCACGGCCUUCAGCAGGGACACGGCAUUGGAGCUGCAGCAGAGGUUCAGCCGCUCCAUGCAGGAGCUCAGCAGGGCGGCUCAGGUCUACUCCGACAUGGAAAGCUCGGGCCCCGGCUGGCUUGGCUGUCGAGAGUCCAGCCUGGAGAAAGAGAGCGCAGGACCCCGGAGGGGGCAACAACCGAGCAAAUACGGAAAAGAGUUCUCGCAAGAGGAGGCUCAGGACCUUCUGUCUGGAGGGCUGGAGGAAGAAGACGACUCGGAGGAGCAGCAGGUAGUCCUAGUGGGCGCCCACCAGGAAAGCGUAACCGAGGACGAGGAGCCGGAGAGCCAUCCAGAGCCCGAGGAGACCCCGUACUUGGAGAAACCCCCUGCCGGACGCCCCCACCGCAGCCCCAAACGCAUGGGGGUGCAUCAUCUCCACCGGAAGGACAGCCUGACGCGGGCACAGGAGCAGGGCAACCUGCUGAACUAGGGCAAGAGCGUCCUCUUACCCCACCGCAAUCAGUAUAUGCAACACUCCGUUAGAAGAUAUGCACUACAGGAGGUGGGUUACCACACUGUCAUGGUGGUCCGCACUUUUAACUCAUGAGCUGCUAGACGUUCUUCAGCGUCACGUUCUUUCCAGAUAAAAGGUGGGGACGGAGCGCCCGUCUGUCCUGUUGGGGGUCGGUCUGCCAGGAACAUGAAAACCUCCACUUGCUUUUCUUCCAUCUUCCUCGCAGGACUGUGGGGGGCAAACGAGCGGCGGCAGGAGGCGACCCACCUCUUCCAAAGCUUUUGGGGAUUAUACGAACCUGAUUAACUCUUUCACUGCCGGGGCCGUAAGCAACAGGGCUCUUGGAGUGCGAGGAGUGAACCUCCUGACGAUGCCCAAAGGUUGUUUUCCCACCUGAGCCUCUGCUUGCGUCAGGGGUCCGCCGUGUUCUUUCUGCCUGCGCGUUGUGUGGCUUGUUUCUGUAUUUGGGGUCUCCAGGCUGAGGUCCGUCUGCAGACGGCUCCCCCAGGGUGCAAUGUGCUGCAGAGGGCUACUGCCCGCUCUUUGUUUUUAAUUGAAUU